AAUGGACUCAGACAUCCCAGAAGCCUUCCAGAAAGAGCUCACCUGCCUCGUGUGCCUGAAUUACCUUCUAGACCCACUCACCAUAGGCUGUGGACACAGCUUCUGUAGGUCCUGUCUCUGUCUUUUCUGGGAGCAAGCUGAAGACCCUGCCAGUUGCCCAGUGUGCAGACAACGAUCAGAGCAGACAAACCUCAAAACCAAUUUUCUUCUGAAGAAUCUGGUGUCCAUUGCCAGAAAAGCAAAUCUCGGGCAAUUCCUGAACUCUGAGGAACAUAUGUGUGGGACCCAUAAGGAGACAAAGAAGAUCUUCUGUGAAGCCAACAAGAGCUUGCUCUGUUUGGUCUGCUCUCAAAGUCAGGAGCACAGGGCUAACAGACACCAUUCCACUGAAGAGGCUGCUGAGGAAUGCUGGGAGAAGCUGGCAAAUGAAAUGAGAUCUUUAUGGGAAAAGAUCCAAGAAAUUGAAAGAAGUUUCAAGAAAAAUGGCAGAGGAACUGACCCUUGGAUGUUCUACGUGUAUCGAUAUGGAGACAUGAUUAGGAAAACUUAUCAGAUUGUAACUCCAUUUCUUCAGGAGGAAGAAAAUUACUACUUAGGGAGUAUUAUAAAAGAAAGCCAAAAGAUUUGUAAGCAAAUCAGAAAAAGACAAGAGGAAAUGAGUGGUAAGAAGACAGACCUCAAAGUAAUAUACAAAGAGCUCAUGAAAAUGUCCUAUAAACCAGAUGUGGAGCUGCUCCAGGAAUUGGGAGACAAAGUGAAAUGGAGCGAGUCAGCACAGCUGCACAUGCCUCAGCCUCUGCUGCCAGAACUCCGUGCACGACCCAUCACUGGGCUGAUGGACUGGCUCAACCGCUUCCGAGUAACAAUUUCAUUCCAUAAUGAAGUAAGCAGACAGCACAUCAGGCUGUUUGAUGAUGCAAGAAGUUUGAAGUAUGAGCGUGACAGCCUCUAUGUGUCUUUGGAUGGCAGAACAUCGCAGUAUUUUGCUGCAUGGGGAUCCCGGGGCUUCACCUCUGACAAACAGUACUGGCAGGUGGAUGUGGAUGGCUCUUGGGACUGUGCUGUAGGCAUCUGUAAGGAUUCCUGGACAAGGAAGGAUGACGGCAUACUGAAAGAAUGCAACAGGGACAACUUUCUCCUUGUGUGUGUGAAGGAGGGUCAUCAUUACCGUCUCUGGACCACCAUCCCGAACACUCCUCUGUACACAGAGAAACCUCAGGGCAGGGUUGGCGUGUUCCUUGAUUUUGACAGUGGGAGUAUGGGUUUUGUGGACGUUGCCAGGCGCUCCCUCCUUUGGAGGUACAAGGAUGGCCUGUUCACUUUCCCUGUCAGGCCUUUCAUUUGCACUGGCCACACGUGA